CGUUGACAUGAGUUUUAAGAGAGGUUUGACUUCAGAAUCGACUGCUCUUCCGACGAAUUGUUGGCCAAAACUCUUCAGAAGGAAUUCGACCGACAAUUCGAUCACAUAUUGAAGAAAGAGGAGAAGAAAGUGAACCAAAACUCAAAGGUCGGCAUUUCGUUUGAUUUGUACCGAAGAGCGAAAGAGGAUUCGGUGGACGACGAGGACGACGACGACUUCCACGAAUACGGCGAAGAGUCGCAACACUGGGAUUCGUUCGAGAAGUCGGAGCGACAGGCGGUGAAAGUGGGGAAACAGGGAUUCGCGGUUCGCGACGGCGUUGUGACCACAAAACACGACUUGGAGACGAGUGCGCGCAAGAAUGCGUGCAAAGCCAUGGACUUCGAGCUGAAGACGGGCGACGGCGGCGGCUUCGACAUGAAGCUCAGCAACAAUGUGUUCAACGCUCUGAAAGUGCACUCAAUUCAUGAAGGGAAGCGAAGGGCGAGAUUGCACGAGAAGAAGGAGAAGUCGACGGCCGAGAAGGUGUUGGACGAGAAGAGUCGCAUUCUGGUCUUCAAACUCGUCAACCGCGGGAUUCUCGACUCCAUCAACGGCGUGAUCGCGACGGGCAAGGAAUCGGUGGUUCUUCACGGCCGGGGAUCGAUGCCCGAGAAGGGGAUCACGAGCUGCGAAGUGGCCGUCAAGAUAUUCAAAACGACGCUCAACGAGUUCCGGAAUCGCGGCCAAUACAUCGGCAACGAUCCGCUCCUUCACGCGACGUCCAAACUGUCGAAACAGAACGCAAAAGUGUUGAUCCCGUUGUGGGCGGAGAAAGAGAUGCAUAAUUUGAACCGAAUCCGUCGGAACGGCGUUCUCUGUCCGGAAGUGUUGAUUCUGCGGAAACACGUUCUGGUCAUGACGUUCAUCGGCAACGAGGGAAAGGCGGCGCCCACUCUAAAGGAGGCCAUUUUGUCGGAGGAGAACCUGUCGAAGGCGUGGACACAAUGCGUGCAAAUGCUGUGCAAACUCUACGAAGACUGCGAUCUGAUUCAUUCGGAUUUCAGCGAAUACAACCUGUUGUGGCACGAGAGCCGCGUUUGGUGUAUCGACGUCUCGCAGGCCGUGCUCUCCACGCAUCCAAUGGCUCACAAGUUCUUGUGGAGGGAUUGCAAUAACAUUCACAGAGUAUUUGCGAACCCAUUGUCAACACAAACACUAAUCUCUGCUUUCGUGUAGUUCUUCGCGAAACGAUGUUUACCCGAAUUGAUUUCUUCGUCCGAAUUGUUUACAAUGGUUUGCGGCAAACAUUUGGACACGAAUUGCAAUGAAUUCAAUUCCGUCGACCUCUUGGACAAGAUGGAUAAUUACGACCGAAGCGAAGAACUCCUGAAAUACGGUCUUUCGGAGAACGAAGACCCGUUUGAGGACAUGUUGGAGAAGAGCGCCCGCGAAAGGGUCGACAAGUGAUUAAUUUAUUUUUGCCAAAACUGAAUAAACGUAAUAUAAUUGGAAGCGAU